CGCAGGCGCACAGGAUGUAAACAAAGCAACAUGGCAGCGCAAGGUUCGGAGGAGACGAGUUAUUAGAAAUAUUAAAACUCACUCCAGGUCAGAUUAUAAACCUAGUCCAGGUCACAUUUUCUAUCUUCUUUUUUAAAUGGAGUCUGUGAGGAAACGUUUGAGUGAGUUCUCACUGGAAGCUCACGACCUGUAUCUGAACCGAUCCGUGCCGUACCUGGAGGAGUCACCUGACCCGCUGCACUUCUACCGGGACUGGAUUGGUCCAAACAAACCCUGCAUCAUCCGGAACGCCCUCAGCCAUUGGCCAGCUCUGUCCAGGUGGACACCUGAGUACCUCAGGGAAAAGGUGGGGUCAAAGGUCAUCAGCGUGGCGGUGACUCCGGACGGCUACGCUGACGCUGUCAGCGGUGAUCGAUUUGUGAUGCCUGAGGAGAGACAGAUGAGUUUGUCUUCUGUUCUGGACAUCAUCGAGGGGAAGGUGCAGCGCUCCGGCGUCUUCUACGUCCAGAAACAAUGCUCCAACCUCCUGGACCAACUGUCCCAGCUCUCCGACGACAUGGAGACGCACGUGUCCUGGAUGACCUCUGCCCUCGGAAAGUUUCCUGAUGCUGUCAACUUCUGGCUCGGAGAAUCAAAGGCUGUCACCUCCAUGCACAAAGAUCACUAUGAGAAUCUUUACUGUGUGAUUUCUGGAGAGAAAAACUUCAUCCUGCUGCCGCCCACAGACCGACCCUUCAUCCCCUAUGGUGUGUAUCAGCCAGCCGUUUACCGUCAGCGAGACGACGGCGAGUUUGAGGUUGUAGAUCAGAGCGACUGUGAAAAGGUACCGUGGAUCCCUCUGGACCCUCUGGACCCAGACCUGGAGCGGUACCCUCAGUACCAGAGGGCGCGGCCACUGCGCUGCAGCGUGAAGGCAGGUGAGAUGCUCUACCUGCCAUCGCUGUGGUUCCAUCACGUCCGACAGACGCAUGGCUGCAUCGCAGUGAACUUCUGGUACGACAUGGACUAUGACAUCAAGUACAACUACUUCCAGCUGCUGGAGUCACUGUGUGACAUCACUGCAUGACAUCAUCAACAUGAGACACAACUCAUCAGUGGUGACGUGAACAUAUUAAACAUGACUGACAAUUCAAA